AUGUUUAAAAAUGACGAGAUAAAGCGAGAUAAGCGGGGUAAAAGAAAAAGACUGAAAGGAGCAGAAGGAAAAUGGAAGAAAAUCUCUAGAAAAACACCUGUUAGCAAAGUUCCCGGUGAAAAUUCUCUCCAAAAUUUAGAAUUCGAUUCGUCAGAUGUAGAUAGUCUAUCACCAGACCUAACCUCUUCUCAGUCCGACCUAACUAGUGACCAGACCAAGGAGAUUAGUUCUGAAUCAGAUUCUGAUACCAAGUCCAACCAAUCCUCAGCCUCCACUGCCUCAUCACGAGUCUCAAAAGUUUUGAAAAAGUCAUUUAAAGGCAAAGCUGUUGCAAUAGUUAAGCCGUUCAGCAGUGGGGUAAAAAAGAACACAGCUCUUUACGAUUUUAAAUCCGACGAAGAGGGAGAAAAUAGAAAAGCUGCCAUUUCUAGUGAAUCCAAUUCUGGGCUAGUUAAAAAACUUAAACACGGUAAAAAUUCUGUGUCUCGCAAACUGAAAUUUGGAACUGAACUGAAACCAGUUCGGGUUCGGUUAGAAAAAUAUAAUAGCAAAAAUUUCGGACAAUUUAGUAAAUCAAGGGAAACUGACGCAGACCCCGAUUGCUCAACCACUGUUAAAAGUGAAAAACUUGAUCCGCUGGAAGUGCCGGAGUGCCGACCAGUGGAAGCUGCAGUAGUUGGUUCUGUAAACUCCAGUGCCCCUGAUAAUAUAAUCCUGACUGAGCUUACUAACCCCACUAUAUCAGGCACCCCUGAAACCUUGUCAGGGGAUCACGUGUUGCCCCCCGCUCCCCCUCUUGUUCAACCUGCACCCCCUUCACGCAAUGAAGAUAGCCUUGCUAAAAAGCAAAGGAUGGAAGACGACAGCAGAUCGGAUAGUGGUGUGAGCACUCUGCGCUCUGACGGAGCAAGAUCGUCCGGGGACGAGAGAUCCGGUUCAAGAUCCUCAGCAAUCAGUGAUGACAGAUCUGGUUCAAGACCGAGUGCUAGUCACAGCGCUGAGCCCGAUAUAAAAAUAGUUGGAACCGUGGCAGGACGUAGUACUCCACACUCCCUUAUUGUCGAUAAAAGAGAGAAAGCUUGGAGGGAGCAAGAAUCCCUCCGAAGACAGGAGGAGUCCAUCAGGAGUCAUCAGGAGGCAAACCUGAGACGUCAGGAUCAAGAACUACGGAGGGAACAGGAGGCAACACUUGCCAGACACUUCCAGAGUCAACGGGGAGGAAUGGGAGAUCCAAGAAAUCCUCUCCUACCUCCAGCAUCUAUGGGAUUAAACGCCCAUGCCGCCGCUAGUUUACAGGCUCAGUUGGCGGCUGCUUACGGAUCCGCCCUCCCCUCCUCGUUAUCCUCACUCCCCUCCUCCCUCUCUUCCACCCUAUCCUCCCUGGGCUCUAUGUCUGGGGGCGGGAUGCUCCCUCCUGGGCUUACUGCUCAAACUCUUCUACAGUACCAGCUUGCUUCCUCCCUAGGAUAUGGGUCUGGACUACUGGGAUCUCCAGGAUCUGAACUAUUGAUGCAGAGAGAACGACAAAUAGCUCAGGAUAGAGAUAGACAACUCAGGGAGAAAAGAGAGCAAGAGCACAGGGAAAGAGAAAGACUGGAGAAAGAAAGACAGGAACGAGAGAGAAGAGAAAGAGAAGAAAGAGAAAGAAGGGAAAGAGAGGAGAAGGAUCGACAGAUUGCGGAGGAGGACGUAAACAGACAUUUUCAACUUUCAAUGGAGAUGGUUCGAAAGAUGCCAGGGCAGUUCAACCUGUUUAAUCAGCGGACGGCCGGAAACUGGUCAAAUAUACCUGGAAUCGGCGGUAGAGAUCCUGAGGCCGAGCAGCGUCAACGAUUUCUAGAUGCGAGGUCACGCGAUUACCGACCUCCCCCUCCAGCACACGGAGACCCCUACGCCCGAGGUCACCCGAAGGAUCUUGAGGCCAGGGGUGUUCAGGAUCCUCGCGGUGGAUCUUCUUCACAACCUCCUCAGGGGUAUAGACAAGUGGAGCAGUACAGUAAACAUCCUCAAGCUCCUAGUCCGGGAUCCUACCAUAGAGGUCCUUCACCACAUCAUACAGUUCCACCUGCUCAUCAUAGAGGACCCUCACCUCAUGGAGGUCCUUCACCACAUCAUACAGUUCCAUCUGCUCAUCAUAGAGGACCCUCACCUCAUGGAGGUCCAUCUCCACACCAUGGUGGACCAUCUCCUCAUCAUAGUGGACCACCUGCUCAUCAUAGAGGACCCUCCCCACACCACGGUGGACCAUCUCCCCACCAUGGUGCUCCAUCUUCCCAUCAUACGAUUCCAGGUCCACAUCACGGUGGACCACCUGGACAUCAUUCUCUUCCCUCUCCUCAUCACCGAGGUGGACCAAGUCCUCUUCACCGUGGUGGUCCUUCUCCUCAUCUUAGUCGAGGUAUAUCUCCCGGAGCAGGAUCCCCUCAUUCCCCUCCAGAUAGAUAUGCCGGACUCAAACUAGGAUAUCCUCAAACUAAACCAUACAGUCCUUCUCAAGGGUUACUUAGUCCCCAGCCUGGUUCUAUCUCUAGUAUAACCGGUAUACCUAGACCUAAGGUUGCAUCACCAGCUCCGGGUCCAGUAUAUGGUAAACCCUCUCUACACUCACCUAUACCUAGAGAUAUUCAUGGAAUGAAACCUACACAACCCAGUCCUCAUCCUGCUCAUCCUCCCCCAGCACACAGUGUUCACAAGGUUAACAUCUGGGAGGCUUCUAGACCUUCUCCGAUACCCUUGGAACCACUUCCGCUAGAUCUAGGAUCCAGUAAACGGAAACCUGAGUCAGAUGAUCCUGUUCUCCUGGUUCCACUGAAAACCAGCAGAAUAGAACCAGUAUCGCCUCCCGGUCAGCUCCAUAGGGUCACCGAACCUUCCACCCUCGGCACUCAGGUCAUAGGGGCCGAGGCUACCCUCAUAACCUCGGUUGUAAACACGGCAGCUCUAUCGGCUGGUGAUGUACAGGACGAGAACAGUCGACAGACAGAUCCUCCCAGUGAAGAGAAGAAGAAACCUGAGCCCGGGGGAGCAGGAUAUGUUCAUAAACUCAAGAAAGCUUGGAUGAAGUCCUAUGUAGCUGAACCCGCCGGUGACUUCAGCGGCGGGGGAGGCUCCAAGAAUGGAGGAAACCAGUCUGGAGGAUCAGGGUGUAACAGUUCAUCAACUAGUCCACAGCUCACCAGGGCGACUCCUUCACCUGUAGGAUCAACCAAGUCCACAGGAUCAGGACUAGGAUUCCCAAGUGCUGUUAAAUCCGCGGCUGAGGCUCUACGUAUGAACGGGCAUGGUUCUCCAGGGAGUGAGAAGAAAGGAGAUGACGAAGAUAUGUCAAGUGAGGAGGAGGAAGAUGCCAGUAAACCUCUCCCUAAACCCAAGAAGGCCAAAGGGAAACCUGGUCCCAAACCCAAAGGAAAACCGGGUCCUAAACCUAAGACCGGGCCUAGAAAGAAAGCUGCAAGUGAAAGUGAAAACUCGGAUUCUGAGAAAGAAUCUGAUUCGUCCAAGAAAUCUGAGAACGGUUUAGGUAAAAAACGAGGCAGGAAACCGGGGAAACAAACAAAGGUUAAAGAGUUUGAUGAACCUAAGUUUAAAAAGUUUAAAACCGAGGAAUCUCCAAAAUCUGAUCCGUUUACCAAGCCGUCCAUCAGUCAGCUCAAGAAGUCUGGUGACAGUUUUCUACAAGAUGCUUCGUGCUUUGAGGUUGCUCCAAAAUUGAACAAAUGUCGUGAAUGUCGAUGGUCUCAUGCUCAGCGACAGAAACAGAGUCUUGCCAAUAUUUUCUGUCGGUUUUAUGCAUUCCGUAGACUGCGUUACACUAAGAACGGACAGAUUGCUCAGGCUGGAUUCUGUGAUCCUAAACAGGAUGCUCAAAUCGAAGAUCUUAAACUCUGGCUCCCCAGCCAGGAGCGGUCUCCUCCAGAUAUGGACAAGAACACUGCCGAGAUAAUACUAGAGAACCUAAGCAGUCUCUUCUAUACUAUAUACAGAGAAGAGCAGGAAGCCACCAACAUCCAUUUAUCUGAAGAUCUAACGGUUGCCUGGAAACGGGUAGUGCAGGGGGUCAGAGAAAUGUGUGAUGUGUGCGAAGCUACGCUAUUUAACAACCACUGGGCAUGUGGAAAGUGUGGGUUUGUUGUGUGUAUUGAUUGUUACAGAACGAGGGCGGGUGAGGAGUCAAAGGAGACUGAGACGAGUACAGGGAAGGAUCGGGACGAGUUCUCCUGGUUGUUCUGCACCAACAGACAAUCCCAUCAACCAGAUACAAUGAUGCUUACGCAGAUUAUUGCCGGGGACGCAUUGGAGGAGGUUAAUACUAAGCUCAGAAUACUCGCCAAACUACACAGGACCAAGGGAACCAACGGAGAGAAUGGAUGGCAGAAUCCGGAUAAAAAUAGUAAUGGAAUCCGUCCUAACGGCAUCAAAGACGAAACUGAUGUCAAAGAAGAGAAAGAGGGUAAAGAUACGAGUAAUCUACGAGAUCUGAUCUGUUCUGUAUCUCACUACUCCUGGGGUCCUCGAGAUACAUGUUCUAUAUCCAUGAACCCGGUGGAUGAUAAUUACAAGUUCUCUCAUCACACCACACACUCCUGGAACUGUGACGGGAAGGUUUUAAGACUGGAAGAUCCUCUAGAACCAGAAAACCUUGAGCUCUUCAAGUUCAGCUGGAAACAUUCCCAACCAGUAAUAGUGGAGGGUAUAGGAGACACCUUAGACUCUUCACUCUGGAGUCCAUCAAACUUCUUAGAUCUGCCAGAUCACGGGUUUGAUCCUGCUAACCCAGAAUCAUCUGCGGUUUCUAACGGACAGACCUUGAAGAAGUUCUUCGACGGGCUAGAUAAUACAUCUCGGAGACCUGUUGGGGAUAACGGUGAACCAAUGUGUUUAAAACUUCGUGAUGGAUGGCCGCUCCAGGAGGAUCAAUUUCAAGAACUACUUCCGGUUCAGUGUAAAGAUAUUCUGCGUAACCUUCCUCUUAAACAAUAUAUGGAUAGAUCUGGGAUUCUCAACCUAGCCUCGAUGCUACCAGAGUGCUUUGUGAGGCUGGACCUCGGACCGAGGUUGCGCGGUGGAUAUGGAAAAUCUGUGUAUGCCAUGAAGUACAAUACCAGUGAUACCUUCAGUGUGUGUGUGUACACGGGCAAGGACGGAAAGGAAGAUAUUAGGGAAACUCUGAGAAACUUGAAAUGUGAUAACAGUUGUUUAGAAAAGGCUGGACUGAACCCGAGUAAACUUGCCGCCCUUUGGACCGUGUUCCAUCCGUCAGAAGCGGACAAAGUGAAAUCUUUCAUUCUUAGAAAUUUGAAAUCCGAGGGUAAAGUGAAACCUAAGGAUCCACUGUAUGAUCAAACAAUGUAUCUGAAGGAUCGACAUUUAGAUAAACUACUAGAGGAGGAGAAUAUUAAACCCAUGGUGUUUACACAGCUACAGGGAGAGGGGAUAUCUAUUCCUGCCGGAGCUCCCUUCCAGGUUAAAUUCCUCCAAGCAUCUCUUCUAAUUCAGAUAGAUUCUAUUUCACCGGAGCAUAUGGAUCAGGCCAUGCAUAUUAGACCAUCUGAUAUUCAUAGAUUUGAUGAUAGAUUUCAAGUUAAAAACCUGGUUUUCCACUCAUGCAAGGACGCGCUAUCCGUCCUGUUUAAUCAAGACAAGAAGAAAUAGAUGGUUCCGUCCUAGAAACCAGGAUUACUAGUCCUCUCUCUCUCUAUAUAUAGUUGUUAAUGUAGAGAACUCUACCAAUGUAUCAAACCUGGGCAGAAAGGCGUGUUGACAAACCUCUUAACUUCACGUUAGAAUUCACUCAGUUUAGCCUGAUAUUCAGGUUUAUUAGAACUACGGCUUCUACAUCCUUUCCUUCCUCUACCUUCACUUUACCAUCCCUUCACUUAGCCAUACAUUUUCUCCCCAGUCCACUUGCUUCCCCAGUCUACUUACUUCCCCAGUUCACUUACUUCCCCAGUCCACUUACUUCCCCAGUCCACUUGCUUCCCCAGUCCACUUGCUUCCCCAGUCCACUUACUUCCCCAGUCCACUUACUUCCCCAGUCCACUUGCUUUCCCAGUCGACUUGCUUCCCCAGUCCACUUACUUCCCCAGUCCACUUACUUCCCUGCUAAGUCAGAAAACUCAAGAGGCAUUUCCUUAAAGGAGAAGAAGUAAAAAGUUGUGCAUUAACAUUAUUAUCAUUAUUAUUAUUGUUUUCAGUGAUCUCACACCACUAGUGAUUCAUAGUGUUCCAUACUCGUAUCCUACCUUUUCCAUCCCCCCCUCCGCCCGUAUCCGACAGAGAAAAACCAGGAAAUGUGAUGAAAAUUGUUGUUUUUAUUUACAUCGAUGUUGAUUACAAAUGAUCUAUGUAUCUUAAUAAAUCUAACAAAACCUUAUAAA